GCAGGCACUUGCAGGCUACGUCAUCAAUGUUAGAUGUUGGCAAAAUUGACGUGGCAAAAGUAACAUAAAAUCCACGUUUCUGACAUCGACGUCUGUUGGUUGACAGGAGUGGACGAUACCCGUUUGUUUGUUCAAUCGCAUGUGACAAUUCUUUGGACGUUUGGGAAGCUGUUUCGAUAACACAAUGGGUUUAUCAAUUAGUAGUCUAUUCAAUAGAAUGUUUGGGAGUAAAGCAAUGCGAAUCCUCAUGGUUGGUUUGGAUGCUGCGGGAAAGACUACUAUUCUAUACAAAUUAAAGCUCGGCGAAAUUGUUACAACAAUUCCAACUAUUGGGUUCAAUGUGGAGACCGUAGAAUACAAAAACAUCAACUUCACAGUGUGGGAUGUUGGUGGUCAGGACAAGAUUAGACCUCUAUGGAGACAUUACUUCCAGAACACACAGGGAUUAAUAUUUGUGGUUGACAGUAAUGACAGUGAAAGAAUACAGGAAGCCAGCGAAGAACUCUCAAAAAUGGUUAAAGAAGAUGAGUUGAAAGAUGCUAAGCUCCUGGUGUUUGCCAACAAACAAGAUCUGCCUAAUGCUUUGUCCAUGGCUGAGAUCACAGAAAAAUUGGGUUUAAAUAGUAUGCGAGGGAAGAACUGGUAUGUACAAAGUGCGUGUGCCACAGCUGGAACUGGAUUAUAUGAAGGUCUUGACUGGUUAUCACAGGAACUUAGCAAGUGAUGACAUUCUCUGUAACAAACAAAAGCUCCUCUCAAAGCCAGACUCUUUAUCAUCAUCAUCAUCAUAUUACUCUGAAGAACUCCGUCAAACAAGGAUCAUCUGAAGCCAAUUCUAGACGGCUUCUUCGGCAUAUUGUGAUUAUGACCAAUAUAGCGAUAUCAGAAGUAAAUUACCACUUGUGUGUGUUUACUUCUGUAUGUAAGUUGAUAAACAGUUUUUUCCCGAAGCCAGCAUCCAUCAAUGGGACCUGGCCCUAAAACAAUUUUUACAAGACUUUACAUUGAAAUAUUUUUUUAAUAACUUAAAUGGUUAAAUUAAACAUAAGUUUACAGUAAGUAUCGUUAUAAAUGACAAUGAAAUGUAAUCAAUGUUAUAGUAGCUCGUAUGUCCGUAAUUUUGAGAGGACAUUAUUUCCCUAUAAUCAUGGAUAUUGGAAUAUGAUCGCGCUGAAAUCCUCCAAACAUCUGGUACCCUACAGUAUAAGUGCAUACGGGGUAAAACCGUUAGUUACAUAUAAUUCAAUAUUCAGUUAUGAACAGAGUAGGAACACUACAAGGAUAUAUUUAUGGGAGAUUUUUUUAAUCGGUACAAUGAAAAAAGGAAAAAAGAAAGAAUGCAGUUCUUGAAGACCAGAGCCUAGGGCCCUGUAAAUAUUCAUUGUGAUGUCAUCUAUACAUUGUCUAUUAUUAUCAUGAAAGCUUAUAAUUGUCAUGCAUGUUUAUUAUUAUGUGGGUAGUUUCUUGUCAGUUACUGUUUAAAGGAACCUUUUAUUUAUUUGUGUUUUUUUUCUGUAGCUUUUCUUAAUGGUGUUGUGUAAACAGUAUUCCUUACUGAUUGACACAUAUUUGGCUGUUCAUACACUAAGUUAAUUACUGUAUAUAAUACACAUAUACAUGUACGAUACGUUUGUAGAAUGUUUUUUAUCAUCUUAUUUGAAGGAAGUAAAACAAUUUUUUUCAUCAGAUUCCAUCUCAACAUUUGAUAAACUGCCAUAAUUCAUGUCUAAAGGAAAUGAGAGUUGACAAAGUGAUAUAGAUAUGGAGGAUAGAACUGACUGGCAAAUGCUAACGUGAACAAUUUGUACAGACGUUAUGUAUACAGCUUAGAUGCCUUGCUAUGCAAAGCUCUUUCCAGGGGGUACCUGAGUGACUUAACACAGCUAGGAUGAAAGGAAUCGGAUACGGGAUGAUUUUGUAAAAAUGUAUUUAAGACAAGUGAAAAUGUGUGAAUAUAUGAAUAUGCAAGGGACUGAAAACCAUAGAUUUGUCAUUUUACGAUGUAUAAAAAACAGAAAACUGUUCUGAGUUUUGAAUUGUGAAUUAUUCUUGUUUCUAACACUCGUUUUCUUUUUAAUUGUACAUUUGUCCAUUCAUAGGAUUUAAGUGGGAUUGCAGUGCAAGGGGCAAGGGAUAAGGGAAGCAAAAAGUAAGAUAUGAGGGUAUACAUUUUAUGCCAUGUUGUUUGUCAAAAAGUCCUUACAGAUGCUCUCUAUUUGGGAGGUAAUGGAAUUUACAUUCAGCAUGUAUUUUUAGAGUUGACAAAUUUGCCAAAAUAAGACCUGGUUUCUUAGAUAUGAACUUAACACAGAAGUUACAUUAACUACGGAACCUCGAUAUAUGGCUGAAUUGGUUUAACUCAUUCGUCCCUGAAAUUUCAUAAUGAACUAUUCCAACUUAUGCAUUGGAAGAGUUCGUAUAUGUUUUCGGGGUUGAAUUAGUUAAUACUAACUGGGACAAUUUUGUAUAGAAAUAAGGCCAAUCUGUACGGUGAACGCUGGUUGGUUAGUAGGACAAUCAGAUUUGUGGUGACUGUUCGAUUUAUGAAUGGAUUUGACAUUUAAGUACCAUGUAUGUACUUGACUUUAUACUUGGAAGUAAUGAAGCAUUCAUAGAAUGUUGGUUAUUGUGAAAGUUUUUCAUUUCAUUUAACUGCUACUUAUCAUUUUUUGACAGUCAUGUAUAAAAUCCAAAGAAAUGAGAUUAUAUGAAUGUUAAGGAAUUCAGAAAAAAAUCAAUUUCAAUAAAAAUGAAUAAAA